AUUUGUAGCUCAACAUGUCAGAUCUCAUUCAAAAUGUGCAAGGUGUUUAUAAAAAGUGGGAAGCGAGAUCAAAUCCAAACUUUUCAAGACCAAGACGUGGAACUACUGCUCGUUUUUCUUCUGCACGGAGCAACUAUAAUGCAAAUUCUGAAUAUUUCCCCAGUGAACAAAGAUACAGAAAGCCAAAAGAAAGAUAUAAACAGGCAAGGUUUCCUCGUUUUAGUCAGCCAAGGUAUGAUAAUCUUGCUCAGUUUAAGAUGGCUCCUUGUGUUGAUGCUGAGAAUAAACCCAGGCCUUUCGUGGGAACUCCAUGUUUAAAAUGUCUUCCUAUAAGUAAAGCUAAUAUUCAAGAUAGUAGCGUUUUUUGUCUGAGUGUUUGCAAUGUACUUCAUAUUCCAUUUUUCAAUAGUGCUUGUUUUUCAUUAGAUGUUUCUCAUGCAUUAAACAUUCUAAAAAGUUCAUCUCUUUAUCCUGAUGUAUCUGCAAAAGUUCUUACAAGUGAAAGUGUGGUUACAUCCAUUCAAGAUGAAUUGCAAAAGCUUGAACUGAAUGAAGAAAUAGAAAAUAGAUCUACUGCUAUCACAUUACAUAAUUUGGCAAAACAACUUUUAGACAAAAUGAAAUCAUCUGUAUCUACAGUAUGUUUAUGGUUCACUGCUUCAAUUCUUCACUCUGUAUUAAAUAAAAUUGUUGAUGGAAUUUUAGUUCAUAAAGGCCAUAUAGAGAUAUUGAAAACUUCUAGUCAAGACAAAAUACCUUUUGUCUAUCUUCCUCUCCACCGCAGUCAUUUGGAUUAUAUUUUAAUUUCAUACAUUCUGUUUAUGAAUUCUCUUCAAGUUCCACUUGUUGCUGCUGGCGAUAACCUAUUUGUGCCAUUUUUCGGACAUGUGUUGAAGUUACUAGGAGCAUUUUUUAUUCAUCGUCAGCGAAAUCAAAAACAAAGAUAUCAUUUGUAUCAAGCAAUACUCCAAAGUUAUAUUACAGAGUCCUUAAAAGCAAGUCAGAACUUAGAAUUCUUUAUUGAAGGCGGUCGUUCCAGGUCAGGAAAGUGCCAAUUGCCUAAAACUGGAUUGCUUUCAAUGGUAGUUAAAUCAGUUUUAGAUGGAUGUGUUGAUGAUGUUUAUAUAGUUCCAGUUUCUGUCAGUUAUGAGAAGAUCAUGGAAGGAAAUUUUAUCGCUGAACAGCUGGGACAUCCAAAGGAAAAAGAAAGUUUUUUAUCCAUUUUGUGCUCUAUUUGGAGAAUAAUGCACUUGAACUAUGGAAACGUCCGAGUAAAUUUCUGCCAACCCUUUUCUCUUAAUGAAUUUUUGAAGACCAAUUCUCAUCAGUAUUUACCAAAUGAUAAUAAUGGUGAUACUCCUCCCGAAUCAUCAUCAUCUUUCUCAUCUGAUACCAGUGAUUUCAAACCCAGUAAUACGUCAAAGGUCACUCAUUCAGUUGUGAAUAGUUUAGCUCGCCAUGUUAUGUAUGAUGCUAGUCUUUCUAUUGCUGUCAUGAGCACUCAUCUUGUGGCAUUCCUCUUUAUCUCCCAAUAUAGAAAGGGUGCUACCCAGCAGCAACUACAAAACAGUAUGAAUUGGCUGAGAGGAGAACUUCUAAAUAAGAAACGUGAUACUGGAUUCACAGGCGAAUCAGUCCCUGUUAUCAAGAGAGCAAUUGAUCUCUUGGGGAAAGAUUUGAUUUCAACAGAAACUGUUGAAGUGCAAUGGACCUCUAGUGAUCUAGAAAACAACAAUGUGAAAGUUACUGUAUAUACACCUGUUGUCAAACUCCCACAUGUGCUAGAGUUGCAGUAUUAUGCUAAUUCUGUUGUACCCAUCUUUUUGCUAGACAGCAUUGUUGUUAAUGCUGUGUAUGCACUGGUUGAUGUUGAAAUUUGUCAUUUUCGACACUGUGAUAGCAAACUUUAUGUAUGCAGGGAGAAGAUUAUAGAAAAGUCUAUUGAACUCAAUAGUAUACUUCAGUUUGAAUUUAUUCCUGUUCCUCCAUGUGCUGAUAUUGCGCUUUCCUUUAGUGAUGUUUUGGAUGAACUCAUUGAAAGAGAGUGUCUUCAGGUGGCAGGAGUUGAUAUGUUUACUGGCUCUCGAGUCAGGCAGCUAUCUAAGAAAGCUCAUGUUCUGUCAUUUGAAAGUAGCGAUGAAGAUGAAUCGAUUCAAUCAAAACAAGAGCACCAGUUAAAGAUAGAUCUGAAGGAGGACAGCAUUAAGCAUUUGGAAUUUCUUCGAAAUAUAUUGAGUCCAAUAAUUGAAUCCUAUUGGCUUUCUGCUUGUUCCUUGCUUAAACUUAUUGAUGAAGUUAAAGAAGAAAGAAUUUUCAUUCAAGAAAUGCAGCUUACUGCUCAAGAGAAACUAUCAAAAGGAUUAUUAGCUUAUGAGGAAAGUUUCUCUGCUGAUACUUUCAAAAAUGCCUUGAAGCUCUUUGAACAGUGGCAUGUUCUUGAAAGUUUUGUUCAAGAUGGUUUAAAAGUUAUAUAUCUUGAAGAGAGUUACAACUGUUGUGAAAGAAUCAAUGAUAUAAUUGCGAGAAUUGAAGACUUUCGAAAAUAACUUGUAUUUUAUAAACAUCUGUGAUGAGUGUACAUAAGUGUUAGCAUUU